AUGCCUGUCGUCAAAGGUGGAGUUUGGACUAAUAUUGAAGAUGAAAUUCUAAAAGCAAGUGUUUCGAAGUAUGGGUUGAAUCAAUGGGCUCGAGUUUCCUCACUUCUCGCAAGAAAGACACCGAAGCAAUGUAAAGCAAGAUGGAGCGAAUGGUUGGAUCCAGGAAUUCGUAAAAUUGAAUGGAGCAAGGAAGAGGAUGAAAAGUUGUUACAUUUGGCAAAAUUGAUGCCAACACAAUGGCGAACUAUUGCUCCGAUCGUUGGACGAACCGCUACUCAGUGUCUCGAAAGAUAUCAGAAAUUACUCGAUGAAGCGGAACAAAAGGAAGCUGGAGAGUUUGGACUCGGUGGACCUGACGGCGGAGAGACCAAAGCACCAUCUGCGGAUGACGUACGAAGAUUGCGACCCGGAGAAGUCGACCCAGAUCCCGAAUCGAAACCUGCGAGACCAGAUACUGUCGACUUGGAUGAGGACGAAAAGGAAAUGUUGAGCGAAGCCCGUGCUCGUUUGGCAAAUACACAGGGUAAAAAGGCGAAGAGAAAAGCUCGUGAACGUCAAUUGGAGGAGUCGAGGAGGUUGGCCGUGUUACAAAAGCGCAGAGAGCUUAAAAAUGCUGGCAUUAAUAUCAAGGUUGUCAAUCGAAAGAAGGGAAUGAUGGAUUACAAUGCCGACAUACCUUUCGAAAAAGCGCCCGCUCCUGGAUUUUAUGAUACUGGUGAUGAAUCCAUACAAAAUGAAAAGCAGAGAGCAGCUUUCGAUCCACGAAAACAACAACUUGCGAUCAAGCGCAAAGGCGACCAAGAUGAUAAUCAGGAUCUAAAACGACAAAAGAGUGACAAAAAUGCCCCAUCAGCAUCAUAUCAAGCAGCCAUAAAAGCUGGGCAGAUGCAGAAGAUUCGAGAGGCAGAGCAGAGUAGUAAGAGACGGGCUCUAGUGUUGCCAGCACCUCAGGUUGGUGAAGGGGAGCUUGAAGAAAUUGUAAAAAUGGGUAUGAUAGGAGAGAGGGCAAAUAUAAUGGCGAGGUCGAGCGAGAAUGACGCAACGAGAGGACUUGUGAAUACCUAUUCUACUAUCAAUAGUGGAGCACCAAUUCGAACACCGCGAGCUCCAGCACAGGAGGACCACAUCGCCAACGAAAUCCGAAAUAUUAGAGCUCUGACUGAGACGCAAUCAUCACUUCUAGGAGGGGAAAAUACACCCCUACACGAAGGACCCGGUAGCACAGGAUUUGAUGGGGUUACUCCUCGAAGGCAACAAAUGGAAACACCUAAUCCCAUGGCAACCCCUUUCCGUGCAAAUGGAAUUGGUGCAACUCCUGCGAGAAAUGGUGUAGGAGCCACGCCAAUGCGAACUCCUCGAGAUAGUUUUGCAUUAAAUGCAGAUGGCGAGAUGGAGUUGGUUGGAAGGACACCCCAGGAUGUCAAACUAAGGGAUAUGACACUCAAAAACUCAUUGAGAGCUGGUUUAGCGUCUUUGCCGAAGCCAAAGGAUACCGAAUGGGAGCUGGAGCUACCUGAAGAGCAACAAGAAAAUUUUGGUAUUCAAGAAUUAUCCGAGGAAGAUGCAGAGCUGAGGGACAGGCGGAAUCGCCAAAUCCGAGAAGCUCAAGAACAGUUAGAAUUCAAAAGACGGACACAAGUCUUACAAAAAGGUUUACCUCGUCCAUCAGUCAUUGAUAUCAACGCAUUAAUGAAAACUGUGGCGAAUAUUGAAGAUACAAUUGAAGGUUCCAUUGAAAGGGAAGCAGCUUUAUUGAUUGCAAAUGACGCCCUCAAGUAUCCCACGCCUGGAGCUAAAGUCAAGGGCACCUCACAAGCCAUUGAAGUGUUCGAGGACGAUGCGCUUUCGCAAGCACGAUUACAGCUACUGAUGGAAGUUCCUAAAGAUUUGGUAGAGCAAGGAUCGGAUGCUUUUAGAGCGGCAUGGGAUAACGCCCAUAAAUCCUCAUUAUUACCUGGAUUAAGUGGAUACGAUUCCGAUGAUGAGAUUGAUGAGCAUCAGAUGCUUCUAGAUGCUUUUGAUAAUGUUCAAGAAUCAAUCGUAGUCGCCGCUGAAAAGGGUAACAAAUCCGAAAAGAAACUCGCUCUCCAUCUAGGAGGUUAUCAACAAAGAGCCAAAGUGUUACGCCAAAAAAUCGGUGAAGCAGCUGAUGCUCUAUCGAAAGCUAGUUAUUCUUUAGAUGCGUUUAAAACGCUACAGAUCUCGGAAGAUGUAGCCAUUUCGAGGAGAUUGGAAGAUUUGAGGGAGAGAGUGGGAUUUGUUUCCAAGCGUGAGAGAGAAGCCCAAGAGCUAUACAAACAAAGGAAAGAGGAGUUGACGGACUUGACGGAUGGGUUAAAUGGGUUUCAUUGA